UUAAGGAUUUAACAAAUAUUUAAAAGUUUUUCCACAAAUAGUUAUACAAAAUGAUGCAAUAUGGUGAAGAAAACGAAAAACUUGCAGAUAAAACUGCUUGUGCUGGAGUAAGAGCAGAUUUAAAAAUGUGCCUUCUUCAAAGCGAUUGUUGUAGAAUUCAUAAAAAGACACCUAGAGAAUGUUUAAAAACCAAUGAUGGAACAGUCCCAUCUGAAUGCCAGGUUUUACGUAACACCUUUUUUGAAUGCAAAAGAUCAAUGUUGGAUGCUAGACAGAGGUUUCGAGGAAGAAAAGGUUAUUAGAAAUACUUAAGGUAAAAGUAGUGUUUAGAAGUUUAUUUGAGCAGUAUGUAUUUGUUAAUACAAUGUAAAAUAUGUGUACCAUAAGCAAGCAAUAAAUUCCUAAAAAGCAAAUGGGGAAGACUAGCUUAUUGCAAUACAUUAUAAUUUAACAUGUGAUAUAAAUAGUCAUCUGAUUUAAAAUUAAAAGGAUUUAAGCAACAGGUUUUUAUUUUUAAU